AAUGCUCCGUCAGAAAAUGCCUUCUUCGCCAUGUUGUGUUAGUGUGUAGAGCAAAAUAUAGUGAAACGCCUUACGGAAAAGAUUAUUUUAGUAGAUUUCGGUUUCGAAAUUGACCCAUUUUAGGGUUUAUCAUUUAAUUUCAGUGCAAUACCUGAUUGUGAGGCAUUGAGUUUUUCCCAAUUCCAAAACAACCAGUCAAGGCCACGGUCAGCGGCCAGGAUUUUCUGUUCACGAUUUAUGCCUCAAAUUCAAUACAUGAUCGAAUUGUGAUGUGAUGAGGAGAUUCCACCAUUUCUGCAUCUUCUUCUUCCUCAACUUCAUUAAUUUUUAUUUUCCGUGCGCCUACGGUAAAACAAGUGAAGUUUGUGUUUCUCCCGGUGGUCGAUUCCCCCCAUUUUCAAAUGUCGGCAAACCCCCCAAGAAAGCAAGCAAAGGUCCCAGAGAUCUUACACUUUGCAGGGUUUUCCGCAAAAAGACAUGCUGCGAUGUAACUCAGACGCACCCUGCUUUGCUAUCCAUCAGGAGACUUGCAUCAUCUGGAGAAGCUAGCCAAGAGUGCUUGCAACUAUGGGAAUUCUUGGAGUGUUCUAUCUGUGAUCCAAGGGUGGGGGUACAGCGAGGACCUCCCAACAUCUGUGCGUCGUUUUGUGAUAGGGUUUAUGAAGCAUGUUCAACAGCAUACUUUGCUAUGGAUGGAAAGACACAGGUACUAGCACCAUGCAGCCAAGAUGACUUUGUUUGUGGUAGAGCUUCAAAGUGGGUCUCUAAUGGAACUGAGCUCUGCAAUGCCGCAGGUUUCUCUGUCAAGCCUCUCGAUGAUCCUGAAGAAUCACAGUGCUAUGGUGGGAAGGGUAGUCUAGAUUAUAUUGCAAAUUCCUGGAAAUCUUCACGUUCUGAGAAUAUACGCGGAGAACAGAAUACGGAGUUUGUUCAAGAUUUUAUGCAAUUGAUUGCUGAUAUGCCAUUGAGCGAGAGUAUUUCUUGGGCUGUUGGAGGAAUGGUACUUACAGCUGGACUUAUAUUUGCAAGUAGAAGGAAGAGCCGUGGUCAACGGCGGACGCAAGCAGCUAUCCAGCGCAGUGGAAGGAGACUAGGAACUAGGAUAAGUCCCCCUGCAUCCCCUGUUAUCCAAGGGAACAGAAAGACUGUUGGUGUUGGAAAAUGAGUGCAAAGCAAAGCAUAUCUGUAUAUACUUUUCCUUUGUUACAGGGCACUCGUACUAACUCGAAGUGUGGGAUCUACAUCCGACUUUGCUGAUUAUUGACUUGAGGGUCGUCUAGCCACCAUCCUCCUGGUUUAAAGGAAUCAUAUUCUGAAGCAUGGGACCUAUUCACUUGAUUCGUGGCAACAAGAUUGGCCUUUAUGAUCUUUGGUGUAAUAUGUUGAGCUUUGUUCAAUAGAUUAUGGGUCUCUUACCAAAUUAUUGUUGUUUUCGAGUGAUAUUUAAGGGGAUGAUGCUGAUGCACUAAGUUGAGAAGUUUUGUUUUAUAACAAAACACAAUUCCACCCUUGCACUUUAA